GCAGCCCCUGGACAGCAUCCUCUGAUAAUGCCAGAGUGGCCUACAGAAGAGGAGCAAAAAGUGGACUGAGCUGAUUAGAAACAGAUAUAGCCAGACAAGGUAACACCAAUCAACAGGCAAGUAGAAGGAACUGUGACAAAAGUGUAGCAAAACGUGAGAAGAAAGGAAAUUGUGAGAACAAUAGUACAAGUUUGGAAGGUCUGCUGGGAAACAUUCUGCUCUAUAGACAUCUAGUGAAGCACAUUCUCCCUGACGGACUGCCUGAGUUCCAGCGUUUAAUAAUAAGUCAUGUCAUGCGAGAAGAAGCUGCUCCUUAUCGAUGUGGACUGUGGUACAGAUGAUGCUCAGGCUAUCAUGAUGGCAAUUGCUGCUCCCCAUGUAGAAAUUUUAGGGAUCACUUGUGUGGGAGGCAACACUCCAUUGGACAAUGUCUGCAAAAAUGUCCUUCGUGUCCUUCGCGUGUGCAACCAUUCUGAUAUCCCUGUUUUCAGAGGCGCUUCCAAACCAGUCCUUGGAGAAGCAAUCCAUGCUUCCUAUUUUCAUGGUGUAGAUGGUCUAGGGGAUGUCCCUGAUCCAGAUGCUCCAGAUCUGGAACAGAUUCAGAAAGAACAUGCUGUUGAUGCUCUAAACAGAAUUGUAUCAGAGCACCCUGGCCAGAUCUCCUUGGUGGCUACAGGUCCACUGACCAACUUGGCUUUGGCUUUAAGGAUGGAUCCAACCUUCCCUCAGAAACUUAAAAGCUUAUAUAUAAUGGGAGGGAAUAUGGAGUCCAGAGGAAAUACUACAGCUUGUGGAGAGUUCAACUUCUUAGCGGAUCCUGAAGGUGCCUACAUUGUUCUAAAUGAGUUCACAUGUUUAAUGUACAUUGCUACCUGGGAACAUACAUGUCGUCACAAACUAUCAUGGGAAUGGUAUGACCAAUGGGUUAAUAGGAACACAAAGAAAUCAGACUUUAUAAAGAAGAUCUAUGCCCACAGUUUGCAGUACUCAAGAAAUAAUGAAAAGGAGAUUAAGGCUUUGGUGGCUGGACCUGGAUUUGUUUCCUGCGACUCCUAUGCUAUGGCGGCUGCCAUUGAUGAGACCACAGUUACAGACUUUGUUGAAUGUGCAGUGACAGUUGAGCUUUCUGGAAAAUUUGCUCGUGGAAUGAUGGUGCUAGAUUUGAUUGAUGACCUUAAGAAAAAAAGUAAAGCUCGUGUCAUGACAGGAUGUGAUAUGGAAAAGUUUAUCGUCCUUAUGGAGUCUUCUGUCCAAUAAAACAACAUUUUUUGUAAUAUAUGAGUUUUAAAAAGUGCAUAAUGCAAUUGAAUAUAAAUGUAAUGUUAACCUGGUAAGAAUUCAUCUAUUUUUAUACUUACUUUUCUGUUUUUACAAUUGAAAUGCAAUUCAGUUUAAUACUUCCAUUCCACAACAGAAGACUUCUCUGGAAAAUAAAUGAGUUUUGAAACAAAA